CUCAUGAUGGAAGUUUAUUCAACGGCAUCAAAGAUAAUUCUUACGUCGCGACAACAGUAAGUAGCUUGAUCGCCUCAGCACAUAACCGUAAACUUCCAUUUGGGCUUCUACUAGGUGCCAAGGGCCUUUGUUAAUGUCACAGGCUACUUUAGUCUUAAUACUCACAGUUCUUAAACCUGGUAACCUCUCUACCCUUAAAGCUUGUCUGAUCUCAUCCUUCAUUUCUGGAAACCUUCUCUGCUCUGAUUGGCAGAGUUGUUUUUUUUUUGGCACAAACGGGAAACCUGUAAUUUGCCUGUAAAUUUAACACGCUGCUCCCCGCCCAGGUCGUUUAUGGCAGAUGGACGCAGCUAGUCUGCAAGCAAGCUCUCCUAUUUGGGCGAGUGAAACGAGUCUCGCGAGAACGCGCGAGCGAGCGACGCAGCCUCAGUGAUAACGUGAUUAGCGCAUGCGCAAGGUAUCUUCAAUUCUGUACACUUACUAUUUAACUCGUCACCUGUUCUUGAACUUUUCAUACGACUUUCUCACAUCCUUAUCAGGUAACAAAGCUGUCCACCAACCCAUUCCACGAAUCGGAUAACUCCAGUAGGAUAAAGACCACUCCAUUUUCCAUGGUUCUUAAGGGGGCGGAUGGGAAUGUCAUCCCCGUCAAAGGACUCAAGUCGCCAGUCAAUAUAUUUCUGCCUGUAAAAGAACCAACUCAGGUAAGGUAAUUAGAAAAAAAAUUUAUUCACUGUUCAAAAACUGUAUAAAAAUUAUUAUUUUUUACAUAAAAAUAAACUUUUAAACUUGAAAUUCGGAGGGCUUUGUUCUUCUGGCUAAGUUGACAUUGUUGUUGCAUCUGUAAAUUGAUAGCCGAAAGAUCUUCUUAGUUUUUGUCAUGAUUCGUACUCUUAAAACUCUUACAGUGUUUUUUCAUCUCUCAUGUUCAGGAAAGCGUUUAAGCAAACCAGUCAACUAGAUUUUUAAAAUUCAUUCAGAAUCUUGAAGGAUGUUUUAGGCAUCCGAAAUUUUACCAAUCAGAUUCAGAAGAAAUGAAAUUUGGGAAAACGUAACAUAAUCUUGACGGGAUACGGAUUUGACCGCUACUCUGGAAAGGGGAUUUGCCAAAAUCUUUGCACGUGAUGCCGUAUUGGGAGAAAAACGGUAUUGGGAUAGAGAUGACAGUAGUUCGGGAUACGGAAGGGAGCCCCGGAAUACGGAAUCAGGACCCUACCCCCACCCUCUUCCAGUCCCCUCUCAUUCUUUCCUGUUUCUGAUUUCUCGUAACAGAUUACACUAAACAUCUCUCAAACGCCCUCAGCCAGUGGCUCCAUGUCUUUGCACAAAGUCACCGCCCCAAACAAUGACAGUACCAUAAGGGCCGAAAUCCUGCCAUCCGACGGAAGUUCGGAGCUUACAAUUUACUUCCGCUUCAAUGAACCCCCUUCCUUAACAGAAUACGACUUAAAAACAACUCUCCCGCACCAGGACCACGCGGUCGGAAAUUACACGCUGUUUGUAUCACGUGAUCAAAUGCAAGGUAGCGGCGACUACUACCUAGGAAUUUUACCGACUGCCCAUGAAAAUGAACCAAGGGAAACGGCAGUAAAUUACACUUUUGAUGUCAUCUCUUCAGCGUGUUACUUUUGGGACGAGUCUUCCAAGGAGUGGAGCAGCAAAGGAUGUAAGGUAAACUGCUGUUAAUGGUAAAUCUUCGGUCAACGAUUUAGAGUAGGGAGGCAGAGAGGGAAGCAGCUGAUUCAUGAUUCCACUCUAUCAACAUUGAUGGCGAUGUUGGCUUGGGUGUUUAAACGGACCCUACACCCUACACACAUGUUGCUGGAAUGAAAAGUUAAGCUGCAUAGAAUUCUGAUUCUGAUUCUUAUCACCGGCAUAAGAACAAUAGAAAUGUAGGUUGAAUCAUGCAAACAUUGAACCAACAACACCCAAGAUGAAGACAUCUCUUCGCCUAACCACACUUAGCCUGUGUCAGGGUCUCGAUAGUAGUUGAAAUUGAAGGCAAGGCUGAUCGGACAGCUAAGGGUUACAAAUUUAUUUGCCCAAUAUUUCGACUAGACAAAACUAGUCUUCAUCAGGUAGCUUUUCUAGCCCCUGAUAAAGACUAUUUUUGUCUAGUCGAAAUAUUGGGCAAAUAAAUUUGUAACCCUUAGCUGUCCGAUCAUCCUUGCCUUCAAUUUUUAGUGUUAUUCUGUAUUGCUGAUCCUGAUCUACGACAAGACCCGGCUUUCCCUCGCUGCUGUUUGUCCAAGUGGUCCUUAAAAGAAUUGUUCUCGAUAGUAGGGACGUCACGAAAGCAAGGUCAAGAUUUGAAAAAGGGGACGAGAUCUCUCUGCCCAGCCCCCGCCCGUUUUUCGAAUAUAUCAGUAUCUCUGCUCAUUACUAUCUUGAAUCACGGAACAAGCUAAACCACACAUACGAUGUUGACAACUCUGUAUUACUCUUCUCUAAUUUGUAAGUGUUUACUCUCGACGUGUUACCUAUCUUGUCUAAGGUUAUGUGUACACAAUAUCGGAUAGCUUUUUUUGCCACCACGAAAAGCUACAAGGUAUGGUACGAACAGCAACGGCCCGGGCUGGAGCAAGACGUUUUCACACAUCGAACAUCACUAAAUUCCAGUUCUCAUUCCUGAAUAUUUACUUCCGCCUCAGUGGGCUCCAGUCCUCGCUCCUACUUGUUCACUUCCGCUACUCUCCGAAUACCUGAUCACACUGCAUCAAAGUGUGGCACAGAACCUAUCCGCUAUGUGUCGCUCAAGUUUCGAGAUCUUCGCAUCGUGUGAACAGAAGGUCAAUCCGGUAUAGUUUUGAUGCCAGCGCAAGAGCUAUCUGUUAUAGUAUCAACAUACCCUACGUCUAACCACCUUCUUACCAUAAUUUUACAGGUUCAUAACCAAACUAGCCGCCAUCUUACUCGCUGCCAAUGUUCACACUUGACAUGGUUCGGUGCAGAUUUGUUCAUCCCACCAAAUAAACUUGACAUCAAAGCUUCAAUCAAAAAGUUAGCUGAGCUUCACAAGCACCCCGCGCUGCUCGCUACCUUCUGUACUAUUAUUGGAUUGUACAUUCUUGGGAUGAUCUGGGCAAGACGUAAGGACAGAAAAGACAUCACCAAGGUUUGAGUGAAAUAGUUUUUUUGUUUACAAUUAAGUGAACCUAGCCAGCAGUGCAGGCGUUUUCAUAGGGCGCGUCAAGCACCUACCCUAAGGGUUGCUACUUCUUCUCUCCCCAAUCUUUCUCUGUCAUAAAAUAAAAGAUGAACAAGUCUGCCCAAAAUACGCCUUCACUGCAAGCUUAAGUGAACCUCAAACCAAAUCAGACGUUUUGGCCAACAAAACUACGCGCAGAUCAUCAUUGAAGCCAGUACACGUUGCUGGUCAACCUUGUUCCCAGGGCCGACUUUUCUUGACUGGGAGAAGAAAAACCCCUGGGAACGAGACUGAUGACGGCACUAAGCGCGGGAAAAAGAGCGUAGGGCAAAUCGCAACUUCUUUUUUAUUGAUAGAAAAGGUGACACGAUUUAUUUAGCCCAUCACAACUCUGAACGUUAAAAACCUAAAAACUAAAAAACCUAAGAAAUAAAGGAAAACGAUAUAAUAAAAUAAAUAUAAACGAUUUAGAGGUAGCACAUCCACAUACUUUUUCUUUGUCUACCUUACUCCUGGGCUAAUUUGAAUUUGGAAAUGCUGGUUUACGAGGAGAUGGGAAAACCCGGAGAAAAACCUUUCGGAGUAAAGGAGAGAACCAACGACAAACUCAAUCCACAUAUAGCGUCGACGCCGGGAUUUAAACCCGGGCCAAAUUGGUGGGAGGCGAGCGCUCUCACCANAAACCUAAGAAAUAAAGGAAAACGAUAUAAUAAAAUAAAUAUAAACGAUUUAGAGGUAGCACAUCCACAUACUUUUUCUUUGUCUACCUUACUCCUGGGCUAAUUUGAAUUUGGAAAUGCUGGUUUACGAGGAGAUGGGAAAACCCGGAGAAAAACCUUUCGGAGUAAAGGAGAGAACCAACGACAAACUCAAUCCACAUAUAGCGUCGACGCCGGGAUUUAAACCCGGGCCAAAUUGGUGGGAGGCGAGCGCUCUCACCACUGGGCCACCCUUGCGCCAAUACUUGCGCCAACCCUGCACCACCCAUGCGCCAUCCUUGUGCCACCCUUGCACCACUCUCUUACACCUCGGCUACUCUUUUCUUUUCUAGGUAGGCCUGGUGCCUGUUCUAGAUAAUGACCCAGCAGACAGAUAUCGCUAUGAAGUCACAGUCCAUACAGCGCGUGGGAAAAAUGCAGGAACAAGCGCUAAUGUCUCUAUUCUAAUCGCUGGUGAGGAAGGUCAGAGCGCGGUGCACAUGUUAAAGAGCACGUCAAGAACAUGUCUACAGCCAGGCAGUGUUGACUCAUUCCUUAUAACGACAUCAGACUGCCUGGGCAGUCUGACAUAUAUCCGUAUGUGGCAUGAUAAUACUGGUAAAAGUCCGUCAUGGUUUGUCUCCCAGCUGGUCAUCCGGGAUAUUGAAACAGACGAAAAGUUCUUCUUUCUGUGCAAUAGUUGGCUGGCCUGCGAUGAGGGUGAUGGACAGGUUGAUCGACUCUUUCCAGUGGCGGGAAAAGAAGAGCUGCGCGACUUUGUCCAUCUGUUCAAGACCAAGACAUCACGUGACUUUUCUGACGGGCACUUGUGGUUUUCGAUAGCUUUUCGGCCAGUGCGCAGUCGCUUUACGUGUAUGCAACGAGUGUCCUGUUGUUUGUCUCUUCUGAUGUGCUCAAUGCUAGCUAACGUACUCUGGUAUCGAACGCCGGUGCAGGAUCAAAACAACGUUCUUAUAGAUCUCGGGUUCUUUGAGUUCACCUGGCACGAGAUUCUGAUUGGAAUUCAAUCGAGUUUGGUCGUCUUUCCAAUCAACCUGUUGAUAGUUCAGUUAUUCAGAAAUAGAGGGGUGAGCCCAAAGGCGAAACAAAAGUACGCAGAGAGGACAACAGCAAGAGGCGAUUCCAAUGUCAGAACAAAACAACGCUCGAUAACUCGAAAACAAACUGCUGUAUCGCUCAGCGAUAUUACACCGACAGCUUCGCGAAACGAAAUGUCGGCCUCUUUCAAGCAAAAAAACGUGACUUUAAAAAACUUAACACGCAUGCGUACACCUGUGCCCGCGCGCAAAGACUCGACGGACGACGAUUUCUUCUGUUCUUUGAUUGAGAGUAAAAUUGGAGUUCCAUCGGAGGAAAAAGAAAUCAAACCAAAAAAGCAGAAAACCCUACAUAACCCUGACUCAUUGGAGGAGGAGCCCGACUUUUUAUCUUCGGAUAUUUACUACUAUUUGUAUCAAGACGAGUCACAGGAUGGGGAUAAAGGUGCUGUCAUGUAGUUGAUUUAAUACUUGUUUCCAUGGCUUGUAAGUAGAGACCUUUAGAUUCGAGGAAGAGAACGACUUCAGGAACGAGAUUUGACUUAAAGUUUUUUUUUGCGUGUUCUCAAAAAAUAGACACCCCGGAAAGCUUCAUUUUCCUUUUUUUUUACUAGAAAAGUUAGUACUGUUAUGUUUAUUGAAGGAAGUAAGGCCCUCUCCCGAUCACAAAAUGAUAAAACUUCUACCAUUUGUUAACUCGUUUCAACCACUACGACAUUUUUGCUAAAACUUGUUGUAGAGUGACGAAGACUAUCACGUCGUCUCGCAAAAAUGACGCGGGUUGACCCGCGCGCACUACUUAGUUUUGAGAAAAUCUCGUACUCGAAGUCUUACUCGUCUUAGAAUCUCAAUUGCGAUUUUAAGGCAUGGCAUUUAUCUAGGCAAGGGACCGCAAGCUCAAGCGGUAGGUAAUAAGCGUAUUUGUUUCCCAACCAAUCAACAUCUGUCGCUUUCCGUGUUUUCAUUCCUUGGCUAUCACUGAAUUUUCGAAGCAUUUCAGCAAAUGAGUGCGCCAACCACACAGAGUCGUCGGUCGCGCAAAACAUUGUACCGCCUUACUUAUCUCACUAGAAAUGCUUCAAUAAAAAGAUUUCCUGAGUCAGUAUAUCAAAUGUGGUAUGUGACCGGUCGUUGAGAAAGUUUUUAUUCUAAGGGAAAUUGAACCUUUUUUAAGGUCUGCAUUAAUCUUGUAUUAUUUAAUCUUUACCAGCUCUCCCUGAAUCGACUUACAACCGCGAUUCAGUAGGAUCAACUUCCCCUUUAGUUCCUCCUGAAAACACCAAGGAAAAGAAAAGAAGAAAGAAAACGAAAUGUUUAUUUCCAUGGUGGUUUGUGUACUUCGGGUGGUUUUUCUGCAUUUCAACAGCAGCUGCGGCCGGAUUCUUCACGUUGUUGUACGGACUUCAAUUUGAGAACAAGCAACAAGAAGAAUGGCUGGUGUCCAUGUUUGUAUCGAUGUUCCAAGACGUCUUGGUAAGCCAGCCGCUAAAGGUUGUCAUCGUCGCUAUUUUCUUUGCUCUUCUCUUCAAGAAACCCCAAGAUGAGGACGAUGACGUCAUCAACGCUGAGCUGGCGAGAGACGAGGAAUGGCUCGAGAAAAAUCUUAGUCAUGCGCGUAAGGCAGAUGGAAAGAGUGCUGUCACACAAUCUCUUCGUCCUCCUGAUAAGGUAAUGUGGUCAGAAUGACACUCUUCUACGAUUGCUUGUCAUGUGAUAUUGCAGCCUCGUCUCCAGAGCUUUUCUCUUAGAAGAUGAGAGUGAAAUUUUAAGGGAAAAGAUUUGGAGACGAGGUAAGUGAUAUUGUAGCCUUUAACUACUCCUUUACGAAAUAGCCAUAAAUUAACUCGCAAGUUUCAGCGAAUAUUGGCAUUUCAAAAACGAUAACAAAAACGCCAGGAAUGGAGAUCUAACAAUUUGUUACCCAGGUCUCCCACGGUCAAAAGGAUUCAUGCCAAACAAGCAUGAGUAAGGUUAGGUAUCAUGUUCAAACCAAGUACCAAUGGGGUAUCAAAAAAGCCCGUUUUAAUCUUUAAAUUUCACCUUCACGAAUAUUCUGUGGCAAAUAAACGUUUUCCUUUCCUUUUCCUUGUAACCCAGACACUCCUACAAGCUGCUCGAGCGCGCCUUUUCAAAGAAAGGAAGAUGCACUCGGUUAUCCGGGAAAUCGUGCUCUACCUCAUGUUUGUGUGGAUAGUUCUGCUAGUAGCGUACGGUCAUAGAGACCCGUAUGCACACUUCAUGACGCAAAACAUGGAGAACUCGUUCGCUGGGCACCAAGAGUCACCUGGCGCCCGCGAAGAUGACAAACAAGAAACAACCAAACAGAAAGCUGUCGGAGGCGAUACCGUUAAACUUUCUGACGUAAGUACACGACAAUGCCGAGUGUACCUUUCCCGGAUAAAUUUAGGUUUCUGGGAAACUGCCCACCUACCCCUCUCCUAAGCCAACAUUUUGCCUUAAGUGAGAAGUAAGUGAUAAUGUUGACUUAGGGGAGGGGUAGGUUGGCAAUAGACCAUUUCCGGGUUGUCUCAAGCCUCUGUUUUAAAGAAGAGCUAGGUGUGAAGCUAUUGAUUUGAAAAUGAUUUUUUAUUCUCAUGCUAAACAACUCAUUUUCAAAAGAAAGGUUUUGCAAUUAGCCUCAUUUUGAAAACGAGAACUUUUGAAACUCGAAAAUGGCAAUUUGGAGAUGGCGUGAGAAUGGGUUGGUGUUGCGUCGCAUUGCACUGUGGGACUGUUUCGGCGAAAGAAUGUUGACCCAGUACCUGCGCAACUUUAUAGUAGCUAAUUCGUCACUUUCAAGUUUCCCAUAAUACACCUUGUUUACCCUCCACAAUUUGCUCAAGAAUUGUUUUCCAUUUCUUCUGGGUAUUACAGUCGUCCCAAGAGAAAGAGAAAACAAUGCUUACAAUAUAAUGUUACUCCAAAACUUUCUCUAGAGGUUUUGCUCAUAAUAACGUGUACACACAUUAAUCAUUUACGUGUGCACACGUAAUGAUAAACGUUACUGCAUUCUUAAGAAAUAUUUCGUUUAACAAAAGAGGGACCACUCACAUUUGGCCGGUCUUCCUGUCCAUCAACAUCACCGCUUCUAGAAGGCAAAGAAAGAAAGACUGCGAUUGAAUUAGCCAGUAGAGGCAAGAACUAAAGGUUGAUAACAUCAACUAACAAAGUAACAAUACACGGCUCACUUUGAUUCUAAUAAUGAUGACUUCCCGAAACAUCAAUCAAAGAGAACGAGAAUGUUAUUCAUUCUCAAUACUACACUCACCCAGCCUCCUUCUCAGGCGCUUCGUUUUUCGCAUGGUUUCGCAUAGAGGCGAGCGCGAAACGCGAGUGACUGGUGAAGAAGCGCAAAGGACCACGGGAAGGGUAAAGAUGGGAGGCGAAGCCGUUUUCUCCUUCCCGCCUUUCUUUGCGUGAAAAUUUUCAUCAAGAGAGAGACGUCUGGGAACGAGAGGGAGACACUUAGCCGUAUGAUCAUAUUCAACUUACGCACGAAAUUUACACUACUUAUCAAUUUUUACCUUGAUACCAUCCUGAAUAUCCCUAAGGUCACCAAUGUCAAUGAUUUCUGGGAAUGGAUGAAUCAGACGCUAGUUCCAGGCCUUUAUAGUGGUGUGUGGUACAACGGAAAACGCGGGCAGCGUGGGUUCCUGGACGAUAAGAUGUCUUAUGUAGUGGGUGUGGCUCGAAUCAGGCAGCUUCGAGUUAAAAGUGGUAAGUUCUCAAAUGUGAAAGCAAACCAAGUGAACAAACUCCAGUUGGUACCGUUCAUUUACUCUUAGUGGCCUUCUGACACCAUAUCGACCUUUGUGGAAAGACCUCUGCAAAAAUCCGACCUUUGGCUACCGCGUGAGAAAUUACAGUGUUUGUAUGAGAAUCUUAUGUCUAAUGAUUUCCGUAAAACGGUUGUUCUGAAGAAAGUAUGAAUUGUAAACUUAAGCUACAAAGCAAAGGAUUCUACUUGCAAAUUUUGGAGGCUGUACCCGUGUUUAAAUUUCUCCAGUCGCUUGCUUUAGAUUUUCCAUAUAUUUGUCUGCAAUUUUUCCCGGGAAAUUUAGUCGGCAGCAAGAAAAAGUUUUACAGACAAAUGUAUAGAACAUUGUAAAAAGUGGUUCUAGCCCAGGUAACGCCCUCAAAUUUUUUCAGUAGAAUCCUUAGGAGUGAAGCUUUAGUUUACAAUUCUUAUAUUUUUCAAAACAGAACAGAAAUUAUUCGACAUUAGAUUCUCAUACAAACACUGUUAUUCACUGACGCGGUUGCCUACCUAUCAAGACGGAUAAGGUCUAUUUCCUUAACUUUGCAUCACUUAGACUGAAACUCUGGAAAACUACUAGCUAAAAGUCGAAUUUAAGUAACUCGAACUUUCGUUUAAGAUAGCGGUUCAAGGACUGGUGGGUUUAGUCAGCUUUUACAAUGUAAUUACAUGGUAUUUGUAAUGAUUGCUUCAGCUCGACGCGGCAGCGGCAACAAUUUUGAAAUGAAGUCCUGCCACUGCCGCGCCAAAUUCAAAUGAAAUUCUGCGCAACGGCAGUUUCCUACGAAGUUUGAGGCAGUUUGUAGUGAUUCUUAUGCUAUCAAUCCAAAGAUGGGGUCCCAAUAAAAGAAAAGGCGCGAAUGUUCCUCGCGUUUUAAUCAGUAAUCAUCAACUUUUUUUUAACGAACUAGGGGGGUUUUAAAGUUAGUGCCUAUCUUCUUUAUUACACUGUGGUAUUUCAGGCACAUGUGAAGUUGACCGAGUCUUUGACUCGCACGUGGGAGCCUGCAACGAGCCUUAUUCCUGGGAUGCAGAAGAUCAGACUCCCUAUUAUGAACCCGGAUGGAGACCAGCCAAUCAGAAUGCGUCUUACAACCAAGACUGCAGCGCAUGGCACUACAAGACAACCGCUGAGCUAAAAACACGACCUUUCCUGGGGCACCUUGCACUCUACCGCGGAGGUGGUUACAAAGUGGACUUCAGCUCUACCAUGGAAAGUGCGUCCUCUGUGUUAGACGAUUUAAAAAUGAAUAACUGGGUGGACAAAUACACACGCGCAGUAUUCAUCGAGUUCACGGUAUACAACGGUUACAGCAACCUAUACUGCGUUGUUAACCUGCUAGUCGAAUUCACUGCCGCUGGAGGGGUUGUACCAUUCAUUCAGUUGCUGUCAACCCGAAUUGAUCGCUACGUGGGACACUUUUUGAUAUUUGUGCUGGUCUGUGAAGUUUCCUUCGCUCUCUUCACUUUAUUCUUCACUUACCGCGAGUUCAAGCGGUUUCUUAACACAGAGCUGAAGGAUUACAUGACGGAGUUCUGGACUUGGAUUGAGCUAACAUUGUUGGGGUUAUCAUGGACUGCCAUUGUUCUCUAUGCAAUCAGAUUCGGUCUUGAUCAAUUCACGAAAAACACCUUUCGCAAAAAUCCUCAAGAAUUCGUAGACUUCCAAUACCUGGCGCUUGUCGAUCAGCUUUUCGGUUAUGUUUACGCAUUCGUGGUGUUUAUGACUUCUGUCAAGUUUCUUCGCUUGUUCAGAUUCAACCGCCGCAUGUCGCUACUCGGAUGUACGAUCAAAACGGCUGGUCGGGAGCUCGUGCACUUCGGAAUUAUCUUCGGGCUAGUAUUCGUCGGCUUCUCCCAUCUCUGCUAUCUGGUAUUUUCACACGAGUUGUACAAAUUCCACACUUUCGUGACGACUGUUGAGACCCUCAUCAGCGUAAUGCUGGGGAAAUUUAGUUACGUCAGCUUGGAGCGGACAAAUAGAGUUCUUGGGCCGCUCAUGUUUUUCUUUUACAGUAUAGGAGUGGUUUUCAUCCUUGUAAACAUGUUCUUGUCCAUCAUUAUCGAGAACUUCUCCAAAGUGAAACGGAACAAUGACCUCCAAUCGAAUGAACACGAGAUUAUUGACUUUAUUGCCGAUCAGUUUACAAGUUGGCUUGGUUUAAGGUCGCGUUCCAUUUUCAAAAAAAAUCGAGUCCACGUCGAGGAACAGCGGCCGAGGCCAAAAUACAAGAAACGCAAACGAAAAAACGAAGCGCAGCAGCUCAAAGAGAGAGUUGACAGGUUGGUUACGCUUAUAAAGAACGUUCACUUUGAUGUAGCAGAGGAUGAUGAUUUUCUUAGGAACGAUGGUGAAGUUACUUAUUUACUUCCGAAUAUCACACUGGAAUCUUACGCUUGAGUUAAAUAGUGCUCGUAUACAAUGAAACAAUAUUGGUACCUGUAUUAGUAGCAAUGUAGUGAGCCAUAUUCGCUGAGACGCCGCUCACAUACUGGCGCCACACUGGCCGAACUUCUCAUGGGACAAGUUCUCAUGCAAUAUUAUAACCGAGAGUUUUCGCCUUGUCAUCACCGGGAGUUUCGAAAGCGUCCAAGCAACUUCCGACGAUUUACCACGAUUUUCCGAAGACUUCCAAGCACUGUCGAAAUGACCGAAGAGUUCUGUUCCGACGACCAUUGAGCAUCUCCGACGGCUAUUUAAAAGGCGACAAUUUUUAGCAUGUUGUGAUACAGUUAGGACACAAAGUCAACAGUAAACGCCUUUUUGGAAUAUUUUUGGGAAAUUGAAUUGAAUAGUAUCAAUUAACAUAAAAGUGGUAAUACACCAGGAUACACCGUUUAGUAACACAUAGAAACAAUUUUAUCAGGCGUUGUAAUUUGUUUUUCGACCCAAGGAAACCCAAUUAAAAAACCCUUCUUUGUGGCCACAUUGCCUGAUGCCUGUGUUGAUUUCUGUAACAUAAAGAUGGC